AUGUCUGACGCCGCUGCCCCCGCCCCCGCCCCCGUCGAGGAGGUGAAGCCCGCUGAGGCUGCUCCCGAGGUCGUCCCCGCACCGAGGCCGCUACGGAGGAGCCCAAGGCCGAGGAGGCUGCGCCCGCUGAGGCCCCCGCCGCCGAGCGCCGCUGCUGAGCCGGCUGCAGACGCUCCUGCCACUGAGGAGGCCAAGCCCGGUCACGAGAAGAAAGAGAAGACUGAGAAGAAGCCUAAGGAGAAGGCUAAGAAAGCUGAGAAGAAAGAGGAGGUAUGCGCUGCUGCCACUGCGGAGGCGCCGAAGGAGGACACGCCCGCUGAGGCCGCUGCCGAGGCCCCCGCGGCUGAGGAGACACCCGCUGAGCCCGCUGCUGAGCCCGUGAAGGAGACCGAGACUGCUCCUGCUGCUGAGGCUCCCGCCGAAGAGGCUGCUCCUGCGGAGCCUGCUGCCGAGGCUUCCGCCGAGACCCCCAAGGAGGAAAAGAAGGAGGAGAAGAAGUCGCCGAAGGUUGCUCGUCGGUUGUCAGCUCGUGUUGGUGACUUCUUCAAGCCGAAGGCCAAGGCGGAGCCCACUACUCCCAAGGUCGAGGAGAACCCCCCGGUGCUCGCCGAGUCAGAGCCCAUUGCGCCCCUCGAGAACCCUGCUGACGCUGAGGCGGCGCCUGCACCGGCCGCGACAGAAGAACCCAAGUCGGAGGCACCUCCUGCGCUCCCGUUGUCGCUGCUGCCGCAUAGGGUCGGAUCGUUUCACGUCGUGCUUAACGUUAUGACCAGUCACGAUGCCCUCCGUCCUUAAUGUCUCCUGCAUUUACGUCCCAUCUGCACCCUGGCACCACCGCUCAUCCUGGAUUGGCUUUCUUCUGUCGGUUUUAUUGUACGACGCGGAUCUAGUCAUCGUUUGCUUACCUGUUCACGACCAUCUGUUCGUUCAUACCUGUGCAGCUAGGCCGCUGUCACUUCACUAAUCACGAUCCCGGAUAGCGUGUUAUCCUCAUACCCACUUUCUUUCUCUCGGUGGCGUGCUCCUGUGGCUGGUCUCUGUCGUUCUUUGCACGGGGUAGUCAUAGGAAUAUAUAGUCCGCAUUUUGCCAUGUAGAUUUCUUGCGAGAUGGCU